CAGUACGCAGUCGUCUGCUACAACUCACAACUCCUCUCUCAAUCAGCACCAUAUCAGCAGAAAAAGCUUGUUCAUUCUUUGUGGAGCCUUGAGGAUCCUUCACUCACUCGCUAGUCUUCGCAGACAGCUUCACUGUUGACUCAAUCGACCUUGAGGCACACGUUUAAUGCUCAUUCCACUUGUCCAGGGAAUUCGAAAGUUCGCCAUGAGUGCUGCUCAGAAACCUCAAAUUGUGUUUGUUCUUGGAGCGCCAGGCUCUGGGAAAGGAACAAUUUGCAAGAACAUUGUAGAGAACUACAAAUUCAUCCAUUUGUCUGCGGGGGAUUUACUACGUGAGGAACAAAAUACUGAAGGUUCGGAACAUGGAGACAUGAUCAAGGAAUAUAUCAAACUUGGCAAAAUUGUUCCUGUUGAAAUCACCUGUGGCCUUCUGAAAAAGGCUAUUGAGAAGUCAGGUGCCUCUCGAUUCCUUGUUGAUGGUUUUCCUCGCAACCAAAACAAUUUGGAUGGGUGGGAGAAAGUCAUGUCACAAUGUGUAGAUGUAAAGUUUGUCCUGUUCUUGGACUGCAGUGAAGAGGUUUGCACUGAAAGGUGCCUCAAUAGGGGAGCCCAGGGCAGUGGUCGAACUGAUGACAACCUGGACUCCUUAAAGAAAAGGUUUAACACUUACUCAAAUGAAACAAUGCCUAUUAUCAAGUAUUAUGAAGGUAAAGGUAUGGUGGAAAGAGUCGACUCCAACAGGACUUUACCUGAGAUUUUUGAAGACAUCAAGAAAAUCUUCACUCCUUUCAUCUCCCAGAGUUAAUCCCUCAUCAGCGUCAAUAUUAAUCAAUGCCUGCCAUGCAGCUGAAGUUCACCCAACAUCUUGUCAAGAGAUCUUCUCUGAAGAGCAUUCCCUUUUAUUUAGGAAUCUGGUUGGUACAUUGUAGCUGGUGAUAAUGAUCAUUUAGAAUUCAAGAUUCCAGUCAUUCCAAGAGUGAGAAAGUUGAUAAAAGUCACAAAUUUGAAAAAAAGAAGUUUUCCUCCAUAUCAUAAUUUAAAACUUGUCUUUUCUUGCCAUGUUUAUCAUUUGGUGCGUAGUGUUCUGGGGUAGAAGUCUUCCCUACUUCUCAAGUAGGGAUAUUUUUGAAACUUUAUUUUUCCUUGCGGGUAAUAAUUUGCUAUGAGGCAAUCACUGUUGUCAGUAUGAAUAAAUUAAUUGGAAUUCUUUACUGAGAAUUUUUAGCAUGUGUUAAAGUAUUAUAAUCUUGUCAUAGUGUGCUUCAUUUUACCUGACUUAGCAUAAUAAAAAAAUGAAGCCCUUAAUUUUGUAGAAGGUAUUGUCACAGAAAAACUCAAAUCAAUGUGUGUUUGCACCGUUCAAUAGGAUGAAAGAUCAGCAUAGUGAUUGUUUUAGGAUAAUUUUAUUUUAAAACUUUUCUGAAUGAUUCUGCUUGUUGAUCAUUAAUAUUUCUUAUGAAUUUUUUCUCUUCUUUUGUAAAGCUAGCAAGUGGUGCUGGCAGUAGUUCCUUGAGGAAUAGAAAUUAUUGCUCAUGUAUGAUUUAGUGUCAAUAAAUACAGUGAUGAUCACCAA